UUGCUCUACCUGCUGCGCCAGUGGGCACUUCCCAAGCCGUUGCCAGGCAUUCCUUUCAACGAGGCCGCCACAAAGCUCUUGCUGGGAGAUGCGGCCGAGCUGCGCGCGAUCAAGCAGGCUGGUGGUCGUGCGCGGGCGUGGGUCGGGCAGCAGACGGUCAAGCAUAACAGCCCGAUCGCGCAGGUGUUUCUCCAGCCGCUCGGCAAGCCUGCGGUCGUCCUGUCCGACUACCGGGAGGCUCAGGACAUCCUGCUGAGGCGCGGCAAGGAGUUUGAUCGGGGCGGCCGCAACAUUGAGGCGUUCAAGGGCGUGUUGCCAUGGCACCACAUCGCGAUGAAGACCAGCGAUCCGCAGUUCAAAAAGAACCGGGAGCUUGUCAAGGAUCUGAUGACGCAUCAGUUCCUGAACACGGUGUCUGCUCCGGAAAUCUACCGCAACACCGUCAAGUUUGUCGACUUGUGGAAGCUCAAAGCAAAGAUUGCCAACGGGCGGCCGUUCCGGGCUGACGACGACAUCCAUAUCAUGGCAUUUGACAUUAUCAAGGUCGUUGCACUUGGCGAUGGCGACAAUGUGAGCAUGACGGAUGCCUAUGCCCAGCUCAUCAAGGACAGCAACCUCGGCGGCGAGAAGCAGUCUGCAGAGGGCCAGGACGAGCCUUUCGAGUUCCCCGUCAACGAGCCCAACGUCGACCUGUGCGCGCACAUGGUCAUGCAGGAGGCUGUGGGCAAGGCCGUGACCCAGCCGUUCCCCAAGAUCUUCAACUUCCUGCACGGCCGGACGGCCGAGAUGCGCGAGGCACACGCCAACAAGGAGCGGAUGCUCGGGGAGCAGGUCGCCCACGCGCUGAAGCGCAUCGAGGCCGAGGGCAAGGCCAGCACCGCGAGGGGCGAGCACGACGGCGUCCGCUCGGCGCUGGACCACAUGCUGCGCCGGGAGAUGGCGGCGGCGGCAAAGGCCGGGCGCGCGCCCGUCUUCAACUCGCCGUCCAUGUACGACGAGCUGUACGGGUACAUUGGCGCCGGGCACGACACGACGUCGACGACGCUGCAGUGGGGGCUCAAGUUCCUGAGCAAGCACCCAGAGGUGCAGACGAGGCUCCGCGACGCCCUCCACGCGGCCUACCCGGAGGCCCACGCGCAGGGCCGGCUGCCCGACAUUGCGGAGAUGACGGCCAAGAUGGGCAACCACCAGAUCCCGUACCUCGAGGCCGUCAUCGAGGAGACGCUGCGGCUCAACGGGCCCAUCCCGACGCUGCUGCGCGAGGCGACGGUCGACACGGUCGUCCUGGGCAACCCCAUCCCCAAGGGCACCAUGAUCUUCUUCGACCUCGUCGGCCCCAGCAUGCUCAAGCCCAGCAUCCCCGUCCCCGAGAGCCACCGCAGCGACUCGUCCCAGCGCCACGCCGCCGACACCAGGGGCUCCUGGGACGGCGCCGAGCCGCACGCCUUUGUGCCAGAGCGGUGGCUCACUCAACAACAACCGGAACAACAACAAGACACCUUUUCCCCCCAGGCCGGCCCCAUCCUGACCUUCAGCACGGGCGUGAGGGGCUGCUUCGGCCGCCGCCUCGCCUACCUCGAGCUGCGCAUCGUCAUCACCCUGCUGCUCUGGAGCCUCGAGCUGCUGCCCCUGCCAGAGGACAGCCGCGGCCUCAACGACUGGGACGUCAUCGAGAGCAUGACCCUCAAGCCGGCAAAGUGCUUUGUCCGGCUGGCC